AUGGCUCCCAAUGCCGCAAAUUCGAAUCUUCCUGCGAGAAAUGGCGCCCUUAUUGGUGUAGAUGAAAGUCAAGAGAGUCAAGACCUAUUAAUAAAGCAUAUGCUAGAACAUGGCUUAGGUGUGACAAGUAUCUCUCCCGUACCUGUUGAUCUUUUUUAUCAAUCGAAGAGAGAUACGGCGGGAUCGAGCAUAGGACCACCCAAGGCAGAUAAUUCGCAUUUGGUGGACGAGCAAGACGGAGGACUAAAAUCAACUAAGCAACCACGGAACGCGUCAAACACGCUCGUUACCAGCGCUCCAAAUGACUCUGCGAGGCAAUCAAUCCAACCGCGAUUAGACCCGGCCUCGCGACCAUUUUCGAACUUAGAUGCGAAUGUUGCAUUGGCUCCGACUCGACCAAUUCUCGACGAUGCUGCUUUUCCACUCGAGGGGUUAAGUCAGUCGACUAGGAAUAAUCCUCUGCCUACACUUCCACCGCGAACAUUUUCGAAAACAACAGACAAAAUGUCUUCGGACUCACCAACUCAGUCAAAUGAUGGCCGCAGUUAUGAGCAAUACUCUACCAAUGAUAAUUCACAGUUAGAGUCAUCGCCACAAGCAAGUAGCGUCCACGAACCCGAACAUCCUACUCUCUCCGAACAUGACACGGGAUUCUUAAACUUCAAGUAUGCCGGCCACAACGACCAUACUGAUCGCACUGAUCGCACUGAUGUUGAUAUACCUGACACGAUACCGGAAGAAACUCAAGUCAAUUUCGCUCCCAGUAUAUUUCAGAGGUCACACGCAGCGUCGCAGGCGCCCGAGGAAAAUGGGAAUCAAACUAGACCCCCCGAGACACCCGCGAUGGCCCAGAGAUUAUUUGGUGGGAAUCGCGCACCAUUAAUGCCAGCAUCGCAGAUGUUCGGACAAACGCCGUGGACCUCGACAGUUAAGAAAGCCAGCCCUACGUCGUCACGUCCGUCACCCGAUGUAUUUAAUCAGAAUACAAUUUCGCCAAACCCUAUCAUAUCGUCUCCGUUAAAAAAUAGAGGGCUUAGAACCUCGCCUACUCACGCUUUUACUUCAAGUCCCGUAUUCCCUGGAAUCUCGUCUAGACCUUCGGGUGACGAAACACCAUCAGUACCUACGAAUAGCCAUGAGGAUGAAGGGCGAAAUCAAGGAACCGCCGCUGAAACGCCGCUCCCCCGAUUUGAAGAUCGUAGACGCAAGAACUUCCCAGAACCGAUCGGCGAGUAUAAGCCUUUGCGAAAGCAGAGCUCGGAAACAGACGCUACUAAAUCACCAACACGCAGUGGUGAAGAGCAAGAUUCGGACUCCGAAGUUGAUACAGCUGCUUAUCGCCGACGCCUAGCCAGGUUAAAGCAGGAGAAAGCCAGCAAGUCCUUCCCAGCUAUUAGUCUUCCCCGGUCGAGUUUAAACAAAGGUGACAAGGUGGAAGUGCCGUCAACUAAUCGGACGAGGCCUGGCCUAGGUCGAAAGACGCGAGAUUCAGAGCAGUAUUUGGUGCAACGCUACGGCAAGACGACGGUCGAUAAGGAUGGAUCGCAAGAGACCGUUGCAGAUUCCCAAGAGGCCGUGGCGCCGCCACAACAGGGUGAAAGACCAAAGCUGUCACAUAAAUUUGACGAAGAAAAGAUCGGGAGCAGUGAAGAGCAAGAACCGCCCACUACCAAUCUCCCAGACACCCAAGCGCUUCCGUCCAAUAUGGAAUAUAAGGAGACUAUACCUGAGACCAGUCCUCCAAGCACGGCUAUUGGUCCACCUAAACUAAUAGGCGAUAUAAUGAAGCAGUACUCUAGUAUCAGAUCUGAGAUGGAACCAGUGUCAUUUCCAGUCAUAUCGAGUGGUACAGACCCUGAACCGCAACCAAAACAAUCAAAUGAGCCGAGAUCUUCAAGUGCACCCGAACCGUUCCCGUCGAUUCCUGCAAAUCGAAAAUCCCGCUCUAGCCGAGGUCGACCUUUGGAGUCUUCGCCAUCUAUCGUUCUAGCCUCUUCUCCAUGGAGCGCAAUUCGCCGUUCGGUGAGGCUCGGGGAUAUAGUCACCCCAUCAUCGACCGGACGUGACCCACCUAUUCCGUCAGACGUUGGGACAGGGACAUCGACAUUGUCAUCUCUGUCAGCAACGCCAAGCAUGACCUCUAGUAUUACGCCAAGCACAGAGCUUGGCCAUGCGUCUGAAGCUAGCAGAAGUCGCAGUUCAUCUCCAGCUAUAGCAAAGAUACGGCGUCGAGGAAGACCUGCAUCGUCCGUCUCGGGACCUUCAUCGUCGCUCCCUCAGAUCAGAACAGAUUCCCGUUCUCGAGAAAGCACGAAAAGAACGACGCGCCAUAGUUCAUUGUCAACAGACGAAUUAGCUAAGUCGCCGUUUUCUGUGACUAGUACAGAUAGGCAGAAGCCACCUACCCGCAAGACAGCAAGAGCUAAGCGAAACUUGCUUCGGGAGUCUACAGUGAACCAUGGCAUCUUCGAAGGGAUGGUAUUUGCUCUCUCGUUUAAAGAUGAACAAGGUCGAAAGAACAAAGAGAAAACUGUGGAUAGACAUUCUAUUGAACGCAUGAUUCUUCGAGAAGGCGGCAAGAUCCUUUCUGAUGGUUUUCAUGAACUCUUCAGAUUCGACUCAUUCUCAGCCUCGACGAAUAUGUCUGCUACUAAUGUUCUGUCCAGUUCAUUAACACUGCUUAAUCAAGAUGCUGGGUUCACAGCUCUGAUAGCCGAUGAGCAUUCUCGGAAAACGAAGUAUAUGCAGGCCCUUGCGCUCGGCAUCCCCUGCUUGGCACCCAAGUGGAUAAUGAAUUGCAUAUCUAAGAACGAAAUCAUAGACUGGUCCUCGUACCUCCUAUGUGCUGGACCAAGUGCGCUUUUGGGGGAGGCCAUCCGUUCGCGUAAUUUGCAACCAUACGAUGCCUCUACGUCCAAAUUGGAGGAAGUGAUAAACAACAGGCCCAAGCUACUAGACCAAGCCCGAAUUCUUCUCGUGAUGAAAAGCAAUAGGGGUGAAGAGAAGAGGCUGCCAUACGUAUUCCUAGCGCAAAUUCUUGGAGGCUCGUUAGUACGAGUAAAUUGUCUUGAGGAUGCUAGGACUAAACUCCGUGAUGGCGAGUCCCAAGGUCAACCUUUUGACUGGGUCUACGUCGAUGAUGAUAAUCUUCCUAAAGCUCAAGGUGCAUUAUUUGGCUCAGGUGCAGGAAACGGAGGUCCCAAGAAACGGAAACGGCAGAGCACGGGGACAGACGAAUCCGACCAUCCACCAAAGAGAAUCAGGACACUCAGCGACCAGCUAGUAAUCCAGAGUCUCAUUCUCGGAAGGUUAAUCGAAGAGGGGGAGAUGGACGAGUAAGAUACAGUUGUAACUUAUUGUGUAUCAACAGGUCUGGUAAUGGGUACGUCAAUUGGCGACAGGACCCUGGUGGCGUCGUGCUUUGGGGGCAUUUACAGGCGUCUGUCUAUGUCGGGGGCGUUUCACGGCAUCCAUGGAUGACCAAGUGCAUUAUCCAGGAUUGGAAAACAACCGGUGUAGUAACACGGUGAAUUGAGAAAGGCAUAACGAAUGACACGGU